AUGGAACACAACAUUGAUCACUUUCUGUUAAAAAUUUUGACAACAUCAACAACAGUACUUGUGUUUUGGUUUCUGUGUUUUGCAACCUUGAGCUAUGUUCAAGCUGAUAUUCAUGGAGCUGGAGAGCAAGCACUCGCCAAGAUUGACAUUUACAAAGCCACUCUGGCACUUGAUGGCUCGGCUUUCAUUACCGCCCGCCCUCGCAUUCUUGGCUCUCUGGGUGAGGAUUCUGAAUGGAUAACGGUGGAUAUUGCUAGCAAAAAGCCAUCUGCAGAUGAUUGGGUUGGAGUUUUCUCUCCUGCAAACUUCAACUCAUCCACAUGUCCACCAGCAAAUGACCAAGAACUGGAAACUCCAUACAUCUGUACUGCCCCAAUAAAGUACAAGUAUGCGAACCAUAGCAAUCCGGAAUAUACAAAAACAGGCAAAAAUACUUUGAAAUUUCUGCUGAUAAAUCAGCGAGCAGAUUUCGCCUUUGUAUUGUUUUCAGGCGGGUUAUCAAAUCCAAAACUGGUGUCGGUUUCACACAAAUUACGGUUUUCGAAUCCGAAUGCACCACUUUACCCGCGUCUUGCUCAUGGAAAAUCUUGGGAUGAAAUGACUGUGACAUGGACCAGUGGUUAUAAUAUAGAUGAAGCUGUUCCAUUUGUUGAAUGGGGCAUGAAGGGUGAAACUCGAAAGCGCUCACCAGCUGGAACAUUAACAUUCAAGCAAAACAGCAUGUGUGGUUCGCCUGCACGAACAGUUGGAUGGCGUGAUCCUGGAUUCAUCCAUACAAGUUUUCUGAAAGAUUUAUGGCCAAACACAGUGUAUACAUACCGAAUGGGUCAUAUCUUAUCCGAUGGUUCAUGUGUCUGGAGCAAGAUUUUUUCAUUCAAAUCAUCCCCAUAUCCUGGACAAGAUUCAUUACAGCGUGUCAUAAUAUUUGGUGACAUGGGGAAGGCUGAACGUGAUGGUUCAAAUGAGUACAGCGAUUAUCAGCCUGGUUCGCUGAACACUACAGACCAACUCAUCAAGGACUUGGACAACAUUGAUAUAGUAUUCCAUAUAGGAGAUCUACCAUAUUCAAAUGGUUACAUUUCACAGUGGGACCAGUUCACUGCACAGGUGCAGCCCAUUACAUCAACUGUUCCAUACAUGAUUGCAAGUGGAAACCAUGAACGUGAUUGGCCAAAUUCAGGGUCCUUCUAUGACACUCCAGAUUCUGGUGGAGAAUGUGGUGUGCCGGCAGAAACCAUGUACUAUGUUCCUGCUGAGAACAGAGCUAAGUUUUGGUACUCGACCGAUUACGGCAUGUUUCACUUCUGCAUAGCUGACUCGGAGCAUGACUGGAGAGAGGGAACAGAACAAUAUGAGUUCAUUGAAAAAUGCCUUGCAUCUGUUGAUAGACAAAAGCAGCCAUGGUUAAUCUUCUCAGCGCAUCGUGUCCUUGGUUAUUCAUCUAACUCUUGGUAUGGCCUAGAGGGUUCAUUCGAAGAGCCCAUGGGGAGGGAAAGCUUGCAGAAACUUUGGCAGAAAUAUAAGGUAGACAUUGCAUUUUUCGGACACGUCCACAACUACGAGAGGACAUGCCCUAUUUAUCAGAAUCAAUGCGUGAGCCAAGAAAAACAUCAUUAUUCAGGCACAGUUAAUGGAACCAUCCAUGUGGUUGCUGGUGGGGGAGGAAGCCAUUUAUCAGGAUACAGCAGUAUGAUCCCAAAUUGGAGUAUUUACAGAGAUUAUGACUUUGGAUUUGUUAAAUUGACAGCAUUUAAUCACUCAUCUCUACUCUUUGAGUACAAGAAAAGCAGUGAUGGACAGGUCUAUGAUUCGUUCACCAUUUCAAGGGACUAUAGAGAUGUUUUGGCCUGUGUGCACGAUGGUUGUUCAGCAACUACUCUGGCAACUUGA